GAAAGCAGAUGAUCUAAAAGAUGAAGUGUAUGAGAUUGAUACUGAAGUAGAUCAGAUAGACGAGGACCUAACGAAGAACGAUGGUAUAACGAAGGAAGGUUAUUUGAUGAAAGGUCCUGAGAUUGGUAGUACAGAUAGAAUGUUCGCUCACAUUGGUUCAAAAUCGUUCAAGAGACGUUUUUGCCAUCUCAGGCAGGAAGUUGAUGGCACUUAUAUACUCGAGUUUUUCAAAGAUGAGAGAAAGGGUGAGGCAAAAUUGACGAUAGUGAUGGACUUUUGUAUAGAAGUUAUUAGAAAUCCAAAGCGUGGAAGAUAUUGCUUUGAACUGCGAAUGAGCGACACCCACAAAUCUUAUACUUUGGCUGCUGAUAAUGAGGCUGAUAUGCAGGAUUGGUUAUUGAAGCUCAGUUCCGUUUUACAACAUUACAAACAACAGGAAGAGAAGCGUGCUGCAUCAUUGGAGAGAACUUGUAAUACGCCACCACCGUCGCCACAACCCAUGCAGGUUUAUGGUACACUGAAAGGUCUCGAGCAGAGCAUGAAUCCGCAACUAAUAAAAUAUUCAAGGGAGACUGACACUAGCAUUGCUUUAGCAAGGAGAGAGAACAGAAAAAGAUUGUUCAGUGUGUAUCCUUACAUGCUCCAUGCCAAAACGCACAUAGGACAAUCUACUGACAAUGUGGAUCCUUAUAAAGAGCAAUUUGGUCAUAGGAUCCUUGUCAAGUGUGAAAGUCUUAAAUUUAGAUUGCAAGCGCCUAUCGACGAAAAAGAAUCUCUUUGUCAAGUGGAACCUUACCACACAACAUUGAGUCUUUUUGAUGCUAGAAAUGGUAGGAAACUCACGGAAAACUUUCACUUUGAUAUUAAUCAUGAAAUAAUGCGAGAUAUGGCAAAAGAACUUAGUCCUGUGGGAGUUAUAACGGAGACAGGGGAUAUUACUCUUCCUGGCGAACUGAAAAAUAUUCCUUCAGACUGGAUUAAAUAUCCAAAACAGGCUAUAUUUAAUGUUAGUAAUCCUCAUCCUGAUAUUUUCCUUGUUGUAAGAAUAGAUAAGUUACUACAAGGAAAUAUAUAUCAGACUUCAGAACCAUAUUUAAGAGCUACUAAAGAUCCAAGAUUGGGCUUGAAGGUGCAUAAACAAGUCCGAGCGUGUUGCCAAAAACUGGGAAAUUACAGAAUGCCAUUUGCAUGGGCUGCAAGACCACUAUUUAGAUUGUAUAGUAAUGAAUUGGAUACAUCUUCAGACUUUCCAGCAAUAUAUAGACAGGAGGGUAAUAAAAUUAAGGACGAAGAACUAUUAAAGUUUCUUUCUGAGUAUAGAAAGCCCGAGAAACUUAGCAAAUUGACCGUAAUACCUGGUUGGUUGAAGAUUAAGAUAGAACCCAUCAUAGACAUUCCUGAAAAUACGUUGUCGACUUGCCUAGCGCCGUUAAAGCCAUUUCCGAUUCCACCAACGAUGGAGCCAACUAUUGAGGUUGCCGAGUUCGAGAGCACUUCAGAGAGGGAUGUACAUCCAUAUACGACGUAUAUUAAUCAUUUAUACGUGUAUCCACAAAUACUCAACUUUGAUAGUCAAAAAAUGUUCACCCGAGCUAGAAACAUAGCGUGCAUAGUAGAGCUUCGUGACGACGAUGGUGAAAACACCAAACCUUUACGAGUAAUUUAUGGAAGACCAGGUUCAUUGUUAUUAUGCUUACGAGCAUCAUGCACGGUGUUACAUCAUAAUGCAGUACCUUCUUGGUACGAAGAAAUCAAGAUUAAACUGCCCACGAAAUUGCACGCAAAGCAUCACAUACUAUUCACUUUUUAUCAUAUAAGUUGCGACAUGAACAAAAAAAAAGAAAAUGGCAUCGAAAAUUGUGUUGGCUAUGCAUGGGCACCUUUACUGCAUAAGGGAAGACUGAAUGUGGAUAUAGAAUCAAAUAUCCAAGUAUUGCCUGUAGCAACGCAUUUACCACCGGGAUACCUUUCCAUACAACCCCUUGGCCUAGGGAAAGGGGUAAGAAAUGCAGGACCAGAUAUCACCUGGAUCGAUUCUCAACGGCCAAUCUUCACGGUAUCUUUUCAAUUAAUUUCGACGGUAUUCACUCGAGAUCUUCAUCUGCAUAAUCUUUUCGUCCAUGCUGAACGUAUCUUAGAUACAAAACCUUCGGCGAUGCCUUCAGAUUCAGAAACGUGUAAAAUCUUGAAGGCGGCGCAUGCAAUUCAACUAGUCACCGUUAUUACGUUUCUUCCAACUAUAUUAAAUCAACUGUUCGUAUUGUUGACAUGUAAUACCAGCCAAGAAGUCGGAUUGUAUGUGAUCAGAGUCUUGAUACAUUUUAUAAAUAUGGUGCACGAAGCUGGGCGCAAGGAAAUUCUGCAAGCAUACAUCAAGUUCGUAUUUGUGCUGCCUUCAUUACAAAAUGGUAAUGUCACGGUUCAUGAGCAACUAGCAAGGUACUUGCCAACUUUGUUGCAACCGAGUAAUACCGAUUUUCUAGUGGUAAAUAAGUUCAUGCAUCAUUCAAGUUUUUUUUUUGAAAUAAUGAUCAAAAGUAUGGCGCAAUAUCUGUUAAGCACUGGCAGGAUAAAGAUGCAUCGAAAUGAGCGAUUCUCUAAAGAUUAUCAUGAAAGGAUCAAGAUGUUAUUAGAUGUGAUUAUGCCAUAUUUAAUGACUAAAUAUAAAGAAAUGCCGGUAGAGACACAUGAGUUGAACAAAAGUCUUGCACAAUUUUUAAAGCGAUGUCUUACAUUUAUGGAUCGUGGCUUUGUAUUUCGUCUCAUCAAUUCUUAUCUGGAUAAUUUUUCGCCUGGUGAUCAACGUACGCUGCACGAUUUUAAAUUCACUUUUCUACAAAUCAUCUGCUCUCACGAGCACUAUGUAUCCUUCAAUUUGCCAAUGAUGCAGUCACGCCUUGCUUCAAGAGAUACUGACAAUGACAUUGAGAGUGAACCAGAAAGUGAUGAUUUAAUGAAUGAAUAUUGCCUCACGGAAGAAUUUUGCAAACACCAUUUCCUGGCUGGUCUUCUGAUGCAAGAAGUUAGGAUCUCCCUCAAUGAGAUCGUGCAGAUUCGUAAGGUCGCCAUUGGCGCUCUACGGGAUUUAAUGGCAAAACACGAAUUAGAUGAUAGGUAUCAGAAUAAGGGUCAACUGAGUAGAAUAGCAUCAAUUUAUAUACCGUGGCUUGGUAUUGUAUUGGAGAAUUUGCAUCGAUUACAAUCAGUAGAAGAGAACGAGAUCAAAAUAGAAAUUAAACAGAACGACGCUAACAGAGUAUCAACUAGUAGCUCAUUCUUGACAACGAAGGAUGUUGGUGCUAGUUCUACGAUCGCUGGUACACCCAAAUCUAUUCACAGACUGACUCUUCAUCUGGACACACAAUCACCUAUAAGAACCUCUAUGCAUCUACGAGAUUCUACUUAUUUCGCCGCCAUUGCGGGCCAAGGAUUAGUCAAUGGAUAUUCUUGCACUAGUGUUGAAUCUGAUACGUCAACGAUGUCUGGUGCGUCUCAAUCCAAUAUUUCCCAAGAGACCGCCAUUGUUCGAGAGUUGACAGAAAAUGGAACAGCUGAGAAAAAGAGACAUUCGCGUACGUUGAGCGUGACACAGUCGUCGCCUAGGUGUGAUAAGUUGCAACCCUCGGAAGUGAAGGACAUACUACUUUGUUUCCUAUUUAUUGUCAAAUAUCUGGGUGAUCAUCAAGUGAUCGCUUGGUGGCAGCAAUGUAAUGAUACAGAAAUACUGAGCUUUUUCACAGUGAUUGAAAUGAGCUUGUAUCAUUUCAAGUAUAUUGGUAAAAGACAGAUAGCCGCGAAUGUUACAAGUAAUGUUGGAAAGCCCCGUACUGUUAAAGCAAUGACUUUACCCGCCAGAAUGGCACCGCCAGACUUUACCACUGAAAGUCCUACUACUAGUACAUUACAACCUCACAAUACAGCUACUAGAGAAAAUCUAGUUGAAAAUGAUAGCGGCAAAGUGUAUCAAGCUCUAUUAGAGGCAAAUAUGGCAACAGAAGUUGGUCUAAUCGCGUUGGAUUGCUUGGGUCUCUUCUGUAUUCAUUUUAAAGAUAUUCUCUUGGCGAAUGAAGGUGACAAUGCUGUUAUGCAAAAGUUUUUCAACAUUUAUCUAUCGUUUCUUCAAGUUGGUCAGUCCGAGACAUUACUACGUCACGUUUUUGCUGGAUUUCGAGCUUUUUUGAAUAAUUAUUCUAUCGCGCUUUUUCAAGGCAAUGCUGUGCUUUGCGGUCGUUUAUGUUAUGAAUUACUACGUUGUUGUAAUAGUAAACUAAGUUCCAUACGACAGGAGUCCUGUGCUUUACUAUAUUUGCUCAUGCGAAGUAAUUUUGAAUUUACCAGUCGGAAAGGAUUGACCAGAGUGCAUUUGCAGGUGAUAAUUUCAGUUUCUCAAAUGUUGGGGGAUGUAAUUGGUCUAAACAAUUCACGAUUUCAAGAAUCGCUAUCGUUAAUCAACAGCUAUGCCUCUUCUGAUAAAGUGAUGAAGGGUACAGGUUUUCCAGUUGAAGUGAAAGAUCUUAAUAAGAGAAUACGAACAGUUUUAAUGGCAACUGCGCAAAUGCGGGAACAUAACAAUGAUCCUGAGAUGCUGGUCGAUUUACAACACAGUUUGGCUAAUUCUUAUGCCAGCACACCCGAAUUGAGACAUACAUGGUUGGAGACGAUGGCUAGGAAUCACACCAGAGACGGCAAUUUCUCAGAGGCUGCUUGUUGUCAACUGCAUAUAGCAGCGUUAAUGGCUGAAUAUCUGAAAUUGCGGAAAGUUCAUCCGUGGGGCGCAGAGGCUUUCGAUCAAAUUUCCGUGAACAUAUCGAGAGACGAACGGAAUCUCAAACUUGAUGCUGGUGUUCAAGAUAUUCAGUAUAACGAAAGUUUACUCGUCGAACAAUUAGAAGUUUGUGCCGAUACGUUGGAGAAAGCUGAGCGUUUCGAAUUGCUUUGGCAUUUAUAUCGUUUAAUAGUUCCUAUGUACGAAAAGAAGAGAAAUUACGAAGCUUUAGCUAAUUGUUACUCGCAUUUGGCGCAAGCCUGUAAUAAAAUUAUAGAAGUGACACGAACUGGAAAGAGAUUGCUCGGGAGAUUUUACAGAGUAGCAUUCUUUGGCAUGGCAUACUUUGAAGAGGAGAAUGGUCAAGAAUACAUCUAUAAAGAACCCAAAGUGACAUCAUUGUCUGAGAUAUCGGAACGAUUAUUACGUUUGUAUAGUGAAAAGUUCGGAUCUGAAAAUGUUAAAAUGAUAAUGGAUUCUAUACCGGUCGAUGUAAGCGAAUUGGAUCCUAAGAUAGCAUACAUUCAGGUAACGCACGUAACGCCAUACUUUGAAAAGCCGGAACUAGAAGUGCGACAAAUCGAGUUCGAACAGAAUCACAACGUGUCUUGCUUCAUGUUCGAGACGCCAUUCACUAAGGAGGGCAAAGCAAGAGGCAAUCCGGAGGAUCAAUGGAAACGUAGAACUAUUCUUACAACGCAAUAUGCUUUUCCCUACGUGAAGAAGCGUAUUGGGAUUGCCGAAAAACGAAUAGUAGAACUUAGCCCUAUCGAGGUCGCUCUAGAUGAGAUGAGGCAACGUGUUCAGGAAUUGGAAGAUGUAGCUUUGAUCAAACCGACAGAUGUAAAGAAACUACAGUUACGUCUUCAGGGUAGUAUUUGCGUAACAGUGAAUGCCGGUCCUCUAGCUUAUGCUUCCGCAUUCUUGGAUCCUGCUCUGUCUCCACAAUAUCCCGAUGACAAAGUAGAGGAGUUGAAAGAUGUUUUUAGGGAAUUUGUCAAAAUAUGUUACACGGCAUUACAAAUUAAUAGUAAGUUGAUUACACCAGACCAACACGAGUACCAAGAAGUGCUGCGUGAGAACUAUCAAAAAUUGUGCCAGAGUUUAUCAUCCUUGUUUGGAGAACCGAUAUGGCCAGACGAACAAAUAGGAAAUUUCAAACGCGAAUAGUACUGCUCUCUUCAGUGCUAUCAGCGGCGCUAAUAAUCAUACUAGUACAGCCUAAGUCAAUAAUUUUAGAAUAUUCAUCUGACAGACCUCAGAUUUAUCAUUUUUUUAGUAUAACAUGUCUAAGGUUCUUCCAAGCACAAGUUCGCGAAACAUCUAUAUCGUAAAUAUUAAUAUCUUUUAUUUUUUUAUUGACAUUUAUGAAUCUAUCAUUAAAUGUAUGUAUUAAUUUUGUAAUUUUUGCACUGGCCUAAUGAAAGCACUUUUUGAUCACUGCCAGUUCUUUUAGAAAAAUUUACGAAUGUCUCCUAGAGAGACAUGACUAUAAAGAAUACAUGAGAAUAGAUUAUAGUUGAUAGCAGUUAAAAAAUUUCGAUAAAGCCAAUUGCUUUUACCUGUUAAGUCUUUAAUAUAGGUGGUAUAAUUCGAUAAUUUGUGAUUCAACUAAUAGAAUAAGUUAGUUCACAUGCCAGGGCAUUUAUAUCUAUGGUAAAUAAAAAUGUAUACCUUAGUUCUUUCACUGGAUAAUGCUAGUCUAUAAGAUAUUUAUACUUGUGAUGUCUAUAUAUAAUCAACUUUAUCAGGAUUUUUGUCCUCGUCCCUUUUAUCGAUUAGGGAAUUAUAAUCUGAUUAACAAAAUAAUUUAAUGAAACAAAAGGAUAGCAUCCAUUUAUGAUAUAACAAUACAAUAAGAUUAAUUUUAUUGUGUUUCAAUGAAAUUUUUUUUGUUGGAUUUUUUUGUAAUAUAACGUUAAUAUCUAACAAACACAGGCAAAUUUCAAUUAUUGUUGGUGUGUAUUUUAUUGUUGAUAUACUAAAUUUAUGCCUUAUCCCUUCUAUAUAAAUAGUAAUUGUACGGAUAAAUUUUUUUACCCAGUGCACGUUGCAAUAUGUAUAGUAUACAAUGUACUGAUGAUUUAUCAAAAACAUAUUGAGAUAUUUCAUGUAAAAAUUGAUUUGUAUAUAUUACUUGUUUAAUUUCUUGCGUGCGUAUGAGUGCUGUGUAGUCGGCUGUUUUAGAGGUAGAUUGAAGGGAAAGUAUUAAGUCCUCGAUGCUGUAGCAAUUGAAUCGUUGAAUACUUUAUUCAGCAAUUAUAAAAAACUUAUGUAUGCGCUUGCACACUAUUAGUAGUACAAAUACAAACUCGAUUGAGUAAUUUUUAUGCCAAUUAUUGAAAUUUUUAGAAAAUUAAACGAAAAUUUAUUUAUAUCUUAGAGUGGAGUGAAGGACCGUAACGUCAAGUAGCGAUUACAGUCGAUUGAAAACAAGUCCGACCACUUUGAUACUUUGCAAGUACGCACAAAAGUGAUGUUACAUAUUGAUAAUUAUUUGAGAAAGUGUGAAAAAAUUUUAUAAAUUAAGAAUGUGAGAGAAUAAGAGAGAAAGUAGGAGAGUAUGUAUGUGUAAAUUCACUUAUAAGCUGCGAAAUCAAUGCGAGUAUUAUAAAUUAGUAACAGCUUUAUGAAUAAAUAUUACAAACAUACAUAGUGAAAUUUUUAAAUAUAUUGUGAAAAUAAUAAUUUUGAUGUUCUUUUCUCAUGUAUGGUCAUGCACAAUAUAAAAAUUCAAAAAAGAAA